CCGACGACCAGCGUUUGGGAAAGAGAGAUUCGGUCCGUCAGCCAGCCUUGCCCGUACCGAAGAUAACGCGUAAGUGUGUCAUGAAAGUUAAUGUCGCUUUGUGUUUGUUUUGCAUUGUUCUCGCCGACGCUGGCACAGAGGCGCCCGAGGAUGAUUCGGAAGGGAUUUGGAGCGCCUUGCUGGAGAAAUGGGCCACCAGUAAGACGACCAAUAAUAGACAGAGUCGCGUUAUGUUGAUACCGAUUUCUCCGAAUUCGUUCGUAGCGGAGGAUAAAAUGAGUAAUUUUUCGAAAGAAUCCAAGGUAAUCCCGGGGAAAAUCGUCAACAACGUAGCGCCUCAGAAAAUCUCUACAACCGGAGGAAGGCAAGUCUCUGAGACGGACUUGUACUUACUAGGCGCCAUCGAAAAAUUGGUGUAUAAAGUGGAUUUUAUGGAGAAAAGAUUGCGAAGAGUCGAGGAAAUGCUGUACUAUAACAUGGCAGGAAACAGAAUAGAUACGGAACCGUGCCCCAAUAAUUACACUCGGGUCGGGCACGAGUGCUACCAUUUCAACAGCUACACCGGAAGGGAAUUCGAUUGGAAAGUGGCGAGUAAAACUUGCAAGAAAAUGGGCGCAUUCCUAGCCGAAAUGGAAACCAUCGAAGAAAACCAAGAUUUAGUCACCUAUUUAGUAUCAACACAACAUCUAAGAGGUAGGGACUUCUGGGUAGGAGGUCUCAACCCGGGGCUCCUCUGGAUAUGGAGCAACAGCGCCAGGCCCGUCGCGGCGCCGGGCUCUCACAACAACAAAGACAAUCCGUCGUCGGCGAUCAACGGAGAAGGGCGCUGCUUGAGACUGGCCUACAAUCCGGCCCUUCGAUCGUACAGCUACAGGGGCACCGACUGUUCGAUGAGGUACAACUUUAUCUGCGAGAAGCCGCUGAACAAGUCGAGUAACGAGAUUAGGAGGCUCGGUAGGAGUAAAAACAUACUAAGCGACGAACUGUAA